UUCAUGGAUUGCCACAGCUUUCUCUUUAUCAUAAACAAAGCCAAGGCCACAGUCUACCUUAUAUUCCUUGCCCUCACUGUUGCCGCCUCAGCUCGGAAGCUAGUUGAAGAACCACCAGUUCCGGUGGUGUCCCCGCAGCCGCUCCCUACAUCAUUACAACCUAAUCCUAGUGUAGCUGCAACUACUACUGCUUCAACAGUCAACUCUGGCAAUACCUUAACCUUCUUCAUGCAUGACAUUCUUGGCGGGUCAAACCCCACAGCCAGAGCAGUCACCGGCAUAGUCAACAAUCCAGCAGUCAGCGGUCAACUCCCGUUCGCCAAACCCAACGGGGCAGUCCUUCCAGUGGAUAAUGGGGUGCCCCAAAACAACAACAAUAAUGGCCUUAUAAACAACAAUAACCUCCCAUUCCUUACAGGCCUCAGUGGAACCACAGCAAAUGUUGUUCAAAACAAUGGGAACAAUAACUUGAUCAACAAUGGAUUUAACUUCCCGGUUGUCAAUGGAGACCAACUUCCAUCCACUCUUCAACAACUCAUGUUCGGAACGAUUACUGUGAUCGACGAUGAACUAACCGAAGGGCAUGAUCUAAGGUCAGGAUUUGUAGGCAGGGCUCAAGGGUUCUAUGUGGCUAGUUCUGUGGAUGGUACCAGCCAAACCAUGGCAUUUACAGCUAUGUUUCAGAAUGGGCAUUAUGAGGACAGCCUUAUAUUUUUCGGAGUUCAUAGGACUGCUGUGUCUGAGUCUCAGCUUGCUAUUAUGGGUGGCACUGGAAAAUAUGUUAAUGCUAAGGGCUUCGCCAUUGGUAAGACCUUCCCUGCUACUAAUCAGCAUGAGACUGAUGGUGUUGAGAGCUUGUUGCACUUUACUGUUUAUGUUAGUUAUUAAUUCUAUUUUGAUGGGUAUUAUGUUAUAAUUCAAAGAAAAAUCUGUGAAUCAUGUUGAGUGAAAAUUUGAGAAAUUUCAGUUUAUUUUCAUGGA